ACAUUUCGGGGUGGGGGGCACCCAGCUCUAUAGGAAACUCAGGGGAGAGGCCAGGAGAGCUAGCUCGGCCAGAACUUCGGGCUCCCUGAGUGGGGCAGGAGGAACUGUGCCCACGGCUGUGCCUCUGUGGUCCUGCCUCCCGUCUUUGCAUAGCCCUCCCCUUCGUGAGCACUUCUGCCUUGCUGGCCGGCUCCUGCCUCCUGCAUGGCCAGCCCUGCACCCCUCUCCCGCCCGUCACUGUGGGGUCCUGCGGGGUCCUGGGCCCUGGCAGCUUGGCUCCCACAAUGGCAGAUAUUGGCAGACUGAACUGAGGCCAAGUUUCGAGAGAUAAGCCUCCUCAUUGGGCCACAGACAGUUUCUCUUUCCCUUUUGAUUUAGAGAAGGCAGGUUCCGGGCUGAGUGCGAGCUCGACCUGCGGGCAGGGGUCCUGGGACAGCGGCUGGGGAAUGAGGGGUCCUGAAGAGGGACAUGGAGCCUCUUCGAGGCUGGGAGCCGCCCCCCUGGAGCCUGACACCCAAGGCUGACGCCCUGCACCAGGCCCUGUACCUGCUCCUCCUGGGGUCCCUCCCCUGUGCUCUGGCCAUGGCCCCGUGCAAAGAGGAGGAGUACCCAGUAGGGUCCGAAUGCUGUCCCAAGUGCAGCCCAGGUUACAGGGUGAAGGAGGCCUGUGGGGAGCUGACGGGCACGCUGUGUGUUCCCUGUGACCCAGGGACCUACACGGCCCACCUCAACGGCCUGAGUGAGUGUCUGCAGUGCCGAGUCUGUGACCCAGCCUUGGGCCUGGUGACCAGACAGAAGUGCUCCCGGACAGAGAACACUGUGUGUGUCUGCGACCAGGGCCACUUUUGCAUCAGUGAGGAUGGGGACGACUGUGCAGAGUGCCGUCCGCACACGCUCUGCAGACCUGGCCAGAGGGUGCGGGCCAGAGGCACCGAGCGGCAGGACAGGGUGUGUGAAGACUGCCCUCCCGGGACCUUCUCACCCAGCGGGACCCUGGAGGAGUGCCAGCCCUGGACCACGUGCAGCGGCCCUUUCCAGACAGAAGCAGAGCCUGGGACCAGCAGCUCGGAUAUCACAUGUUCCUCCAGGGGCCUUUAUGUUUUUGUGGGCAGUCUCGUCCUUAUAGGGGUUCUCUGUGGCCUCACAGUCCUCGGGAUAAGGAUGAAAAACAGACGGUCGCCUGGGGGACCCACCAAGGCGAGAUCAUUUCACCAGGUCCCGCGGGCCCCACCAGACAUCACCACGGUGGCUUUGGAGGAGACAGCAUCUGUGUCCCCUGUGUCCCUCCCCUGUGUCACUGGGAGGGAAUGACCCACUCACGGAUUGAUGGCUCCAGCAAGCAGACGUCUGAGCCAUCUUGGGCUGUGCCUGCUAGAAGCUGCCAGGGCCCCAGGGGCAGAAUGUGGACCGUCCCUGGGCUUGCUUCACACUCUACCAGCACAGGAAGACCGGCCACUGCUCAGGGGGCCUUGGGAGCCCCACACGUCUCCCAUCCAUUUCAUGAAGGGCCAGAGCUCUCCCCUCACCUCUGUGCUGAGCGCAUGAGGACAUGGCUGCAGGCCGCUGUCGGCGCCAAGCCCCGCUCACCCCCAGCCCUCUGAGCCUCAGCUUGCCCAUCUGUAGGAUGGGCCUCCUGGCACCUACCUCGCAGCUGGGGCGACAUGGGACGGACCACAAAUAUGACAUGAAUAAUUUCGAAAUGGGAUUGGGUUUGCUCAACAAAUAAAAGUGUUUUUUAAAUUUGAUAUUAAAAAGUGUACUUGGCA